AUGGGUAAAGUUCGACUGCAAAUCAACAUCUUGCCACUGCAGGAUCAACACUCCGCUCAGUCGAAAAACGCAGCGCGUCAAUCCGAGACCAGGCCAUGGACGCAGCCCGAGAAUUCAGAGAACACGUUAGCCCAACUAGUCGAUCAUAUCGUGGAACGAUAUGGCAGGAUCUAUGUGGGCAGAGGUCCCUUGAAAAUCAAGGAGCUCCAAGACUCUUGGGGCAGCACCCUUGAUUUGGCCGAUAAAAUCGGCGACGUGUUCGAUGACAGAACUUCCAGUGGUGACAUCUUCACAUCAAUCUGCAAAGUUCUCAGAUAUCCUUCAGAUCCUGUAGAACUGCAAAAUGCUCAACGCUUUGUUUCGCUUGCGCCUGAGUCCUCAGCCCGACCUCAAAAACGCCCUCCGCCCCCUCUGUUCAACGACGCAAAUCGAGUGCUCCCGAGCGUAGAGACAUUCGCAGGUAUCGCCUUGGACGGCGACACAGGUCCCUCACACAAGAGGCAAAAGAUUCAUCACGAACAUGCGCACGACCAAAGACGGUCGCAGCAGCCUGGCUCGCGAAAUUCUUUGCUUCAAGUACUAGACUCGCAGCCCUCGCAAACACACGCGAAUGCAUAUGGAACACCGACGUCUCCUUCCAACCGGCGACAUCAGCCUGUGCAACAAGACGACAACCAUACUGUCCCUGACUCCCCAGUCAUUGGGAACAGUAGCGUGCGCAACGAGGAUCGAGAGACAAAGUCAGAAUCACCGGUACUUAGGCUCUCGGUGCAUGAUAUUCCUCCUCAUGUGGACUUACAAUCUCAACAGGAGUCUCAGCCUCCGGAUGCCUCUUCUCGACAUGCCAGCCUUCCACAUACAGAACACGAUGACGCCAACGAUCGGGUUCCUAAGCCUAUAGCACCAGAUGUGUCCCCCGAUCCUGACCAUGCAGUGAAUAGAGGAGGCUCAGAUCAGUCUCAAAUGCAGCCAUUGCAAUACCCUGAAGCGCAAUCGGGUGAAAAGCUCGUUUCGCCUCAGGCUGUAAUGCCUAAUGGCCAGAAACCGACUAGCAGCAAAGAUCGCGAACAGGAAGUGUACGAUCCGAUUGAAUCAGACUCGGACGGUUUCGAUAGGCGACAGCAAUUAUUUAGUGCAAAACAGCAUAGGAUUUCUAAAACACCUUCCCGAAUGGCUGCUUUACCUCUUACAAUGUCCAAUUCGUCUAAGGCUCUGAAGUCCAUGAGAAACCCCUCAAGUUCCUCUACGCAGCCCUCUUCUAAGGCGUUCAAUGGUGAUAAGCAAGAGCAAUCAACUUCCGCUUCUCGACAAAGCGGUCAAAAUCAAGGUGAUCAUCUAAUGAAGGUCCUCGUUGCUGGAGCAGAAGGAUGUAACCAGCCGACAAGGCCACAAGAUCCGAAGCAGAUGGCGUCAAAUCUUCAGCGCAAUGACCUGCUGAAUCCUUCGGCUCACCCGUCGGGCGCAACUGAUGUGCAAAGGUCAAUUGCUUCUGAACGGGCACAUCAAGAAGUGGCACCCAAUGCAGGCGAGCGUGUAGCUCAAGCUCUGAUUGCAACACAGCCGGAGUCUCUGAACGAAAAGAAAGCGCAACUCAGUAUGAGAAGUGACAUGGCGAUUCCGACUCGAAGCUCAGCAAAUAACCUCGAGGCAAAGUCUUCUGUUAGUGUCAUUGUAAGGCCAAAGGGAACCACAUCAAUGGCUCCAAAGGAUCAGAUCACAGGGUCCCGAAUCAACACAACUGUAGGAGAGCCAUCGAAAGCUUCAGCUCAAAAGGCGCUUAGCCAAGGGUUCAAAGCUGUGAAUAUCACCAACGGUGCGCAUAAGCUGCAACUACCGGUUUUAGCGAACGAUGAACACGGCGACAGCAAUAUGAGAGAUACCAACAAAGGGAACAGCAACUUUGAGCAGCAUAAACAGCUAAAGUCCACCCUGCCUCCACUGCAAUCCAAAGCGCAACCACGGUUAAUAGCAAACCGACCCUCGGAUGACUUCACCGUAGCGGCGACGGACUAUGGUGCCUUUAACGAACUGCAGUUACAGGAGGACGGUGAACGAGCCAUGCUAGCAUCUGAUGGCGCAAAACAACUUGAGAUUGAGAGGUCUAAUAGGAAGCCUGCGUCCGCAACACCAAAGGCAAACGGCUGGCUCAAUAAGCCAGAUCCAAAGCCUGCAAAACCACCUCCCGUAAAUGCCGCUCAACGGAAAGCGCAAGAACGUAGAGAGCGUGAUGAGGCUUAUAUUCAAAAGUGGCGUGAACAUAACUUUCGAAACGGAGUACUUAUUUGCAGUAGUCAAGGCUCGCACUCUGAACAAUUGAAUGUCUCAAACGAUCAGAGACACACAUUAACGCCAAUAGUUCCAAUCACAAAAGCUGGACGAUCGUCAAGCCCGUACAGCACGAAAUCCUCGAUGGCAAUGGGCCCGCCGCCUCGCAGUGCUUUGAAGCAGCCUUCUAGCAGCCUGCGAAAAUCCAUCUCCCAGGUAUCUUUUUCUAUCAAUCAGGAGAGUAGUACUGCGAAUGCUGCACCGCAAACAAACGGAGCUACGGAGACAGGUCGGAAGUCAACGCCUACGACUACUACUUCAAGUAAAGCGUCCAAGAAGGUGCAAUCGACUCUUAAUGACAUGUUUAUAGAUAAGAAGAUGAAAGGUCGUGCGAUCAAUUCUCCGAGUCCUAUCAAGCCUAUCGGUCCAGAGAUUAUCAGCUCAGGAGAGUCGGUCUCAGAGUACACGAUAACGUCUGAAGAGGGUAUUGAUCCCACCAUCGCGAAAGCUGGACCUAGUAAGAAAAAAAAGCUGAUUAUACGAUCAGCAUCACGAAGAAAACUGCGCAGUGGAUCACCCACGACGCAAGUAUCAUCCAGUAUUGAUCCAGCGCUUCAAGCCUUGAAUCACACCAAGUCCUCAAGUCUGCAGAGCUCUUCGACAGGCAUCUCUGCACCUAUCGAGAACACAAGCAGCAAGGAUCAUAGCUCUGCCACGAAUGAAACAGUCAACGAAGCUAUAGAAAUAUCAUCGCGGUCUGAAUCUGAUUCUGAAUCCGAAGAUGAUUCAGAGUCAGGCUCAGAAUCAGACGUUACCUCAAAGCCCACUACAGUCAAACAAGCAACCGGUGGGGCUAUCGCCAACGACCCUCCGUCUUCUUCUUGGACAUCCGGAAGCACACCGGCGUCUUCAGGAGUUUCAUCAGAAGGCAUCAUGCCUGCCGCAAAUGGCACAAAGCUCCCCAAGCCUGCCCAAGGCCAAUCUCACACCCCGCUCCAGAACACUCCAUCGAACACCACCCAAGGCAUUACCGGGAUCCAGACUGUUACAGCCCGCGCCACAACCACCCGCCCCAAUUUCUACCCAAAACUGAGCGAGCUCCGAAUGGCCCGCGAGGACCAAGACGAGGAGCAGCCCCCCACCUCCGCACAGCCGCCACGUCAAAAAUCCCCUUCUGCAAUCCUGAGAAAUCUAAGUCGUACCCGCGCAGAUGAGGAAAGCGAGGACGACGACGAGGACGAAACCACCAGCGAGGCCCAAGUGCCCCCGGAGCAGUCGCAGUCACGAUUCGCCAAAAGCAUCAAUGACAUCAGGAAGACGCUGUUCUAUUUACGAUGA